CGCGCCAAGUAACUAACUGGGAAAGUCAGUGAAAUCAGUGAGUGAGUGAGAGUGUGGGUCGACAGCUCCAAUGGCGAAGCCGGUGGCGAUCGAGGUGUGGAACCCGAACGGGAAAUACAGGGUUGUGAGCACGAAGCCCAUGCCCGGGACUCGGUGGAUCAACCUCUUGAUCGAACAGGACUGUCGGGUCGAGAUAUGCACGCAGAAGAAGACCAUUCUGUCUGUCGAGGACAUCCUCGCGCUGAUUGGGGACAAGUGCGAUGGAGUCAUUGGACAGUUGACAGAAGACUGGGGGGAGACUCUGUUCUCGGCACUGAGCAGGGCAGGCGGGAAAGCUUUCAGCAACAUGGCUGUUGGUUACAACAAUGUGGAUGUGAAUGCUGCUAACAAGUAUGGCGUUGCUGUUGGAAACACUCCUGGUGUGCUGACAGAAACAACAGCAGAGCUAGCAGCUUCGCUGUCUGUGGCAGCUGCUAGACGAAUUGUCGAGGCAGAUGAGUUCAUGAGGGCAGGAUUGUAUGAUGGAUGGCUGCCUCAUCUAUUUGUUGGGAAUCUGCUGAAAGGACAGACAGUAGGGGUCAUUGGAGCUGGUCGUAUUGGAUCGGCAUAUGCAAGAAUGAUGGUUGAAGGGUUCAAGAUGAACCUCAUAUACUAUGAUAUUUACCAGGCGACCCGUCUUGAAAAGUUCGUUACAGCUUAUGGUCAAUUCCUCAAAGCCAAUGGUGAACAACCGGUGACUUGGAAACGAGCCAGCUCGAUGGAUGAAGUGCUCCGAGAAGCAGACUUGAUAAGUCUUCACCCGGUGUUGGACAAGACGACUUAUCAUCUGAUCAACAAGGAAAGCCUAGCUACAAUGAAGAAGGAAGCCAUUCUUGUGAACUGCAGCCGGGGACCAGUGAUUGAUGAGGUAGCCCUUGUGGAGCAUCUAAGAGAGAAUCCCAUGUUCCGAGUUGGUCUUGAUGUCUUCGAGGAUGAGCCUUACAUGAAACCCGGGCUAGCUGAGAUGAAGAACGCCAUCGUGGUCCCGCACAUUGCUUCUGCUUCCAAGUGGACUCGCGAAGGUAUGGCAACAUUAGCUGCCCUCAAUGUCCUGGGAAAAAUCAAAGGGUACCCUAUCUGGUCCGACCCGAACAGGGUAGAACCGUUUCUCAAUGAAAAAGCUCUGCCUCCGGCAGCAAGCCCGAGCAUUGUCAAUGCCAAGGCCUUGGGCUUACCUGUUUCAAAGUUAUGAGAGAUCCGAAUCACGUGAAAGACUAAUUUAUAAAGGAAUGUCCGGGGAUGCGAUCAUGCUGGAUGAGAGUUUGUGCGACGGACGUUUGUAUCAUUGCGUUGGAUUAAUCAUAUGAGCUGAUGAAUGUGUAUAGAAACCUUUUACUGUGCACAAUGAAUGGGAGCGGUGGGUGUACACUCUUUAUAUCGAUAUCUAUGUAUGAGCAUACGGAGCUUUGCUGCUGUGGCUCUUUCAUUUAUUAA